AACAAGCAAAUAAUACGACACACCGUCAUGACCAUGAGUUUAAAGUUAAAUUGCCCUCGGUUUUCGACGGGUGAACAGUGUCGAGGAGAAUGCAUCAAAAUAUUGCAGAUUCUCACACCGCGUUCAAUUAAUUACUUUUCUAUAAAAAUACGUCCUAUUAAAAAUAAAUAGAGUUCUUGUACUUUAGGAACUAAAUAACUAAUAAAGUAUUACCCUAUCAAAUAAAUUGUAAACAUGGCUCAAGAAAAUGAAAAUAUUGACGAAAAUAAUUCGAAUAUUAAUUCCGUUAGUGAGAAUCAGACUCCUCCUCGGCCAUUUAGAAUAACCAUGGAAUUUCCUUUAUUUUUCACCAUGUUAUCGGUAUCAUUGUCAGGUGCUGCAAUAAGCAACUUAGUCUUGUACAGAACAUGUGUUCAUUCUUUAAACCAUACUCAAGAAGAGUGUCAGGUUUUUUUAUCACCAGCAAGGAACAAUGGCAGUCAACAUUUAGAAGAAGAAGUACAGAAAUAUGCAACAUUUGUAUCUAUGUUGAGAACAAUAAUAGAAUCAGUUGCACCUGCCAUCCUUUCUCUUUUCCUUGGAGUCUGGUCUGAUACUCACGGAAGAAAACCUUUAGUUGUUUGGCCUUUACUUGGAAUGUCUCUGAGUGGUGGUCUGAUCGUUGUCUACAGUAUGUUGGAGAGUUUAGGCCCAUGGUGGUUUAUCCUCACUUCCAUACCAGUUUCAUUGUCUGGUGGUUUUACGGCUAUGUUCACGGGGUCCUACUGCUACGUGAGCGACAUCACUACCAAAGAUAAGAGAUCUCUUAGGAUGACGAUAGUCGAAGCUUCGGUAUCAGCAGGCAGUGUUAUUGGUGCCGUGGCUAGUUCGUAUGUAUUGCGAGCCGUUGGAAAUGUAUACUUGCUGUUGAUAUCAGCUAUGUUGUUCGUAAUAGCUUAUGUUUUUACCAAUGUUUGCUUGAAAGAAUCUUUAGCUGGCGCUGUUCAGGGAGGUAUAUCAACAGUAUUAGACAUUAAACUUAUGAAAGAGAUGUUUGUCGAAUGUUUCAAAAAGCGUCCAAAUCAUGGACGUGCCCAAAUCCUCCUGCUGACAUUUGCGAACAGCUUGUCAAUAUUCAUAAUGUACGGUCUCAUGAGUUUGGAGUACAUGUACACGAGGCAGAGAUUGCACUGGGCGAUAAAACAAUAUACUAUAUAUUCAGCUUUUAACACGACGAUAUCAUUCUUCGGAUCGUUCUUCGGUGUGAUAUUAGUCCAGAGACUGUUCAAAGUGACGGAUUUGGCGUUCUCUAUCGUUGCUUUCUUAUCGUCAACUGCCCAUUACUUCAUUAAAACAUUCGCUACUGUUUCGUGGCAUAUGUAUCUGGCUUCUGCUAUAUCUCUGUUUAGAGGUUUGUCGUCACCUCUGAUAAGAUCGCUGCUGACGAAGAUACUGCCUCCGCAAGAUAUAGCGAAGGUGUUUGCGCUGAUGUGCACGAUUGAGGGCAUCAGUCCACUGAUAUCGCCUGCGAUGUACAACUCUUUGUAUGCCUUCACAAUAUCAUCAUUCCCAGGCGCCAUAUAUGUGCUGAGUGCGGUGAUAACGACUUUAUGUGCAAUAUUCUUAGGAUUUGUGCAAUACUUCAGAUGGCGACAAACGUCCAUAAUAUAUGACAGUUUAUCCAACGAAUCGUAAUUUUGUAACGAUGAUAACAACAUCUAGGUUCUUAAACGUCACAAAUAAUAAUAAUAACAAAAUAAAUCGUUACAUAAAUCGUUUAUUUGUUAGUAUAUCGUACUCGUGCCUUAUAAUAACAAAAAUGUCUAUUAAUUUACCAUUAUUAUAUUAUGUUAUAGUUUAUGUACCUUAAAUUGCUGUCUACAGUUUGUUCGUAUACCAAUAAUUUUAGGGACGAGAAGUUAUUUUAGUAAUAUAAUAAUGUUUUUUUUUUUUUUAAUUUUUGUAGUUUAAUCUAGAGCUGUCAUAAUUAAUAGUGCGAAUGUCACUUUGAACGCCAUUUUGUGAAUGGAUCUCAAAAUUAUCAUAAGAAAUCUGAAAUGACUUCGAAUAUAUUUUUUAAAGUUAAUGCGUGUGAUAUUUAAUAAUAAAUAGUAUAUGUAAUAUAUAAUGUAGAUUAUAAUUUGUGAACUUUAAAGUCGACAUUAAUAAAAUAAAUACGUACUUGAUGAUUUUAUUAUGUAAUAAGAUCGCAAAUGAAAAAAUCUGACAUAUCUAACAACACUUUACAGUAUGUUUGUUUAAAGUGUAAAAGCGGAAAUGUAAUAUUAACCGGCUAAAUAUAAAUGUCUACACACGCGGUGUGCAUUAAUUGCGCAGUUUGUUUGCCAUCGGUAUAACUUAUCGUUAGACCAUAAAAAAUAUACUAACUGAUGGUGAUCAUCCGAGGGUUUAGAAAAGUAUUUGUUAUUUUAUGUGUAUGACUGCAAACAUACUGUGGAAUUUGAUUGAGUCGGUUUGAUGCAGUUAUGAAAACCGCACUAAAACUGUUUCUAAACGGCAAUUUUGCAGCUGUCCUGCAGUUUUAAUUUAGACCGUGUGUAGUAGACAUUAUUUGGUUAGUACAUGUAAGUAAAAGUAAUAAUUUUGAAGAAAACUUUUUACUCUAUAGUAACAGGUGCUAAUUACAACAAUUAUUUUUAUAUUUUGUACCUUUUCGAAGUAUCUCAGUAAUGAACUGCAUAAAAUAAGCUGUGAUAUUAACAAAAUUAGAUUAAAAUAAAAUAUUUACCGAAAUAUAAAUGUAAUUAUUUACUCAAUAGAGUUAUGUAGAUUAUUUUAGUUACAACAUAGACCGCCUUUAAAUAUAUCGUGUGUAAUAGACUAAAUAUAAAAAGAGUAAAUCAAUGAGCCAUUUUUUUUUAUUCUACUUUCUUACAUAGUUAUAAAGUGUAUCUAAAAAUUGACCUUUAGUUUGACCGAUGACUUCAUAUUUGUAGCUAAGAUUAAAGUAAAUACUUUAUUUGUAAAUGUAUUAAAUUAAAUUACAUAAGUAACAAUUGUCAUAUUGUAUACUCAAGUACAAUUAAAUAAAUUAUGAAAAUUUUAUUAAUUACAAUUAUUAUGCUGACUGUACUCACUACUCAGUGUUUGCACUUUGAGUUAAUUUCUUAUAUUUACAGAAUCGUUUAUUAAUACAGCUUAUAAAAAAUAAAUUCAAAAGUCGAACAAUGUUUUCGAAUUGCUUUAUAUCAGAAUAAAGGAAUAAAAAUUAAAGUUUUGGUCCAAUAUUGCACUUUGUAAUAAUAGCAUUAAGGAUCAUUGUCAAAUGUAGUGACAAAAGUAAAAUGUUACAUUUUCAAUAUCAUGGAUUAUUAUUAUAUGAAUGUUUAUAUAUGCGUUAAUAUUUUAAGCGAUUAUAUUUUAAGGUCAAAGGAAUAAACCUAUUGAAUAUGACUUCAAUAUUUAAGCAAUUUUUAUUUACCGCUGAUUUUAAAACAAAGGGCAGAUGGAGAGCUCAGAAUAUUAGAGUGAAUCAACAAAAGCGAAUGCAAAUUCCCAGUAGUCUACGACGCGUCUUUUUGUUCUGGUGAAAUGAUCUUUAAAAAUCCAGAUCGCAUCCGUAAACUUUUGUUUUGCAUUUUGUUAUUAAUUAAUUAUAUAUAAUUGCAUUAUGACAGAAACACGUUGACUGGGAUUUUUGAGUUUUUGUAUAAUGAAACUUUUAUUAAAAUCGUCAAAUUUUCAGACCUUGACCACUAUAGAAAUAUUUAUUUAUUGCCUUAGAAUUCAUUGAAAUAUAUAUAUCAUCGUUAGUUUAAUCUCAGUAUUUUAUGAAACAGCUUUACUAGCCUAUACAAAUAACAAAGAAAACAAAAAAAAAAUAUAAUACGAACUCAACUUGAGCCAUUCCAGAGAUCCCAACCGACCGUUAGUUUGCCGCGACGCCUUGACAAAAAAGGACUCCGCCAUAAUACGUUAGAAGUGCAGUCAUUUUAAUUAUUGAUUAUUGACGUAUUAAAUAAUAUAAUAAAUAAUAAUAAUUUAUUAAUUACUGCACACGCUACCGGGAAAAUGCAUUCGCUUUUGAUUUAUUAUUUCGCUUUUGUUGCUUCACUAUAGUGUUCCGCGCGCUCCAUUCGCCUUUUGUUUUAUGUCUAAGAUUUAAGAUUCCAUUCAAUAUUGUGUGAAACAACUGAAAAACGAACAUACAUUUUGAGAUAACGAAUUAUUGAAUUUUGUAUAUAGUCCGGAGAGAUGUACUUGCAAAACAAAAAUAAAUUGUAAUUUUACAAGUUAUAUAUCGAAUUCUUAUCUUGUUUAUCUUAACUAACGCGACUCUCCUUUAACGAUAUUUUAAAUAUGGCGGCAUUGCUCUAGAACUGAUAUUUUCAUGUCUACCGUAUAUAUUACAGUUUAAAAAUCAAUUAUUAGAAUAUUAGUGUGACAAUCAUUUAGUGCUUUUUAUUCUGGACUCAAGCGAGCACACACGAGAAUUAAUGUUAUGUAUAUUUUAUCUUAAGAUAAAUAUACCGUUCGCCACAUAAUGCGGAACACAAACACACACGACUAAGGUAAUAUAUAGUUCAGUAGUGUUAAGAUACGAAAUAUACCAUCAAUGUUAAUGCGAUUAAGAUAUGACUUACAAAGAAAUAUAAAGAUUUACUGUAUUAUUUGUAGGUACCUUUUCAUAUAUCAUAGUUUUAUGUUUAUCUUCAUUGCGUGUGAUAUAGUUAUUACAUAACAUAUAUUAUAUACAUUAAUAGUUAAUGUAUUCUGUAUGCAAGUAUGUAAAUUAAAGUAGAUAUAUUAGAGAUAUAGUACCAUCAGUCUUAUCUCUUUUUAAAGAUCGAUUGUUUCACGCUACACGCAGACCCAAAAAUACUUUAUUAGCUAUUUUCAAAUUUUAGGAAAAAACUAAGUUAAUGAUUGAUAACAAACUAUAUUAGUAAAUCGGCAAGCCUUUUGAAUAAUAUUUAUUGCGGUUUCGCACGGUAAGGAUAAGAGUAGAGUUUAUCGUUGUCACGACAUAAUAAGCCAAUCAAUGGCCAUAUUUUGUUUUUUUCUUGUGACGUAUUUGGAAAAUUUUCUUUAGUUUUAAAAUAAUAAUUGUGUUAAUUGAAUGUUGUGUAAAUCUUGCCAAUAAAUGAUUUUAUUUUGUGUUUACCACAAAUGUUUACCACGUUAUAAUGAUAACAAAAAUAGUAUAUUAUUGCUUAUAUAUUUACGGCUUAACUAUAUCUUUCGUUUAGGAGGUCAUCGCUAUAACAAUGCUGUCUUCUUCUUUCAAAUGUUAAAUCAACUAUGACCAAGAGAGAGAGAGAGAGAGUGUGUUCAAUUAAACAUCCACUAAACAACGUUUGUCAAUAUAGCCGUAUAAUAUAUUGUUAUAAAUGCUUUACAACCAUUUUAUUAAAGAAAUAAAUAUUC